AUGGCCGCAGCCUCCCUGGGCCUGGGGCUGGGAGGAGAAGCUGCCCAUGGGCCUGGAGGACACUGUUCCAGCAUGGGCACAGCCAUUAUUCGUUAAUCUGCAGCCCUGGAAUGUCUGCGGGCCAAUCAGCAGGGUCUCCGAGGGCUCCCAGAGGGCUCCGAUAAUCCUGCAAUGAUUAGCAGGGGCCACGGGGUCGCUGCGAACCACUUGCCCAGCCUGACUCUUAGAGACUGUGAAUAGCUCCAUCCAGUCUGGGAAGCGGGCUGGACAGCGGAGCCAGGCAGAGCCCAGAGCACCCAGCAGGCCCAUGUUGAGGCUGCAGCCCUCCCCUGGGCUGGGGGGCCACCGGCCUGGCCUCCUGCCCGUGCUCCUGGCUCUCCUUGGCAUGACCUGGGCAGAGGUGCGCCCACUCCAGCUACAGGAGAAGCAGGUUCCAGUGCCUGGAGCCCUGAGCAAGAAGGAGAGCUUCCUGCUCCUCUCCCUGCACAACCGCCUGCGCAGCCGGGUCCACCCCCCUGCAGCCAACAUGCAGAGAAUGGACUGGAGCGAGAGCCUGGCCCAACAGGCCCAGACCAGGGCAGCCCUCUGUGGUGCCCCAGACCCAAGGCCAGCCUCUGUGCCCCGGGCUACCCCGCAAGUGGGCUGGAAUGUGCAGCUGCUGCCCGUGAGCUCGGUGUCCUUUACCCACGUGGUGGGCCUGUGGUUCUUGGAGGGGCAGCAGUACAGCCAGGCAGCGGCCGAGUGUGCCCCCAAUGCCACCUGCGCCCACUACACUCAGCUCGUGUGGGCCACCUCGAGCCAGCUGGGCUGUGGGCGGCAUCCCUGCCCUGGGGCCCAGGGUGAGAUGGAAGCCUUUGUCUGUGCCUACUCUCCCGGAGGCAACUGGGAGGUCAACGGGAAGACCAUCGUCCCCUACAAGAAGGGCGCCUGGUGUUCGCUCUGCACAGCUAGCGUCUCGGGCUGCUUCAAAGCCUGGGACCACGCAGGGGGGCUGUGUGAGGUCCCCAGGAACCCAUGUCGCAUGAGCUGCCGGAACCACGGACAUCUCAACCUCAGCACCUGCCACUGCCACUGUCCCCCCGGUUACACAGGCAGAUACUGCCAAGUGCGGUGCAGCGUGCAGUGCGUGCACGGCCGGUUCCGGGAAGAGGAGUGUUCCUGCGUCUGUGAUGUUGGCUAUGGGGGAGCCCAGUGUGCCACCAAGGUGCUCUUUCCCUUCCACACCUGUGACCUGAGGAUCGAUGGAGACUGCUUCAUGGUGUCCUCAGAGGCAGACACCUAUUAUGGAGCCAAGAUGAAAUGCCAGGGAAAGGGCGGGGUGCUAGCCCAGAUUGAGAGCCAGAAAGUGCAGGACAUCCUCGCCUUCUACCUGGGCCGCCUGGAGACCACCAACGAGGUGACCAACAAUGACUUCGAGACCAGGAACUUCUGGAUCGGGCUCACCUACAAGACCGCUAAGGACUCCUUCCGCUGGACCACUGGGGAGCACCAGUCCUUCACCAGUUUCGCCUUUGGGCAGCCUGACAACCAGGGGUUUGGCAACUGUGUGGAACUGCAGGCAUCGGCCGCCUUCAAUUGGAACGACCAGCGCUGUAAAACCCGAAACCGUUACAUCUGCCAGUUUGCUCAGGAGCACAUUUCCCGGUGGGACCCAGGGCCCUGAGGCUCACCCAUGCCUCUCCCCUGCCAGCACCUGGAUGCACAGCCCUACUUGCCCUUCUGCCCACCUGUUUAGAACAAGGGCCGGGCUAGGACUGCAGGCCCAACAGCCAAAGAGGCCUCAGACCUUGCAGGAAGUGGGGCAGGGGGUACAAGUGAGGCCGAUGGAGAGCCCGGUAUAGGAGGAGGGGAGCCUGGGGUCCCCCAGCCUGCUUUUGAGUGGGAAGAUGGAUCUUAAUUAGGCACUGAAACAGGAGUCUAGGGCAGCGGUCAGAAGAGACCACUCUCCUCCAUCUGGGCUGGACCCUCUGGGGCAGAUAGAGGUUCCUUGCUGCCCAGGAUGCACCCCACAAAGGAUUAAACUAAGUUAUGGAUCA